GAAGAAAUCGGUUUUCAUUUCAUACUCGAAUUCGGAAUCGGAAUCGGAUCCAUCACAUUACAUUAAGUCAUGACGACCAAGGGUUUUAUAAUCUUCGCAAUGGUACUGAUUGCAUCAAUUGGCGCCCAACCAGUGACCCAUGCGGGUAUGGAAAUGGAAAUGGAAGUGGAUGCGAUGGUGACCACUAGGCGGCCCAAUUUGGUCAUUCAGGGAAUGGACGACGAGUCCAUGAGGUAUCAUUUCGUGACCGAGCAUCGACCCACUUCGCUGGGACAGAACUACUACCUGAAGCCCGGCCAAAUAGUCGGCGCCGUCAAUCUGGAAUCGGACGUCCUGGAGGUGCGACACGACCAGGAUGACGGGAAACCAGUGGCCAGCAAGCAUAACAUCCUGUUUGUGGCCUACGCCAAAGACCUGGAACACAAAACCAAGCCCUAAUACACUGAUACAAAAAAUAGUAGUAAAUCAAAGUAUUUUGUACUCAAAUUAAAUAUUUUUCGCCUUGA